AGGUGACAGCGUGUUUCCGGGAACGCCCCCUCUGCUGCCGGAAGUGCUGAGAACAGCUGUAAGGUUGUGAAUCGGAUUAGGAGCUGGGAAGGAAUGAUGACGGGCAACAGCGGCAGUGACCCGAGGAGGCCGGCGAAGAUACUGAGGUAUAAACCUCCCACCACAGAAAGCUCCCCCACCCUGGAUGAUCCAACCCCGGACUACAUGAACCUCCUGGGCAUGAUCUUUAGUAUGUGCGGACUGAUGCUGAAGUUGAAGUGGUGUGCGUGGAUCGCUGUAUAUUGCUCCUUUAUCAGCUUUGCAAACUCUCGCAGCUCUGAAGAUACCAAGCAAAUGAUGAGCAGCUUUAUGUUGUCCAUCUCGGCAGUGGUCAUGUCCUACCUACAGAACCCGCAGCCCAUGUCUCCUCCCUGGUAACACCGGCCUUGUCCAGCUCAGGAGAAGUUGGUUGGUGUGGACCCUGAAAAUUUUACAGAGACUCCGACUUCCCACUUUAUCUCCUGUCUGGCAAUUGUAUGACUGAAUAAAGAUGGUUGAUUUUUU